CAGUCGAGUGUGAGUGAGUUAGGAGUGUGGCUGGCGUGCGCAGCGUGCAAGCGCGCGCGGGGGCGGGCGAGCGGGCGCGGGCGGCGCUGGGGGCAAGGCGCUGAGCGCGGCGUCGCUCGCCACCUCCAUCCACCCGCGCGACUUCGUGGGCGCGCGCUGGUGGCUGCGCGGCUGCGCGCCCCGCCGCCUCGCCGAGGUGCUCAUCCAGCUGCUCAAGGACAUGGCCGCCGGCAAGCUGUCGGAGGCGUGGGCGCACGUGACGAAGGGCGCGGUGGCGGAGAACAUCCUGCACCUGACGCGCCUGAGCGAGGGGCUGCGCGGCCCGGCCGAGUGCCUGCGCACGCCCACGCUGUGGCUGGCGCUGGCGUCGCUGUGCGUGCUCGACUCGGAGCACGUGGAGCGCCUCUCCUCGGGCCAGUGGAGCGGCGCCGCCGACGGCCAGCCCCCGCCGCCCAGGCCGACGUGCAGCAACCACGACGACGGCGAGACAGCAGCCAUCAUCCAGUGCAACGUGUGCGGCAACCUGUGCGCCGACUGCGACCGCUUCCUGCACCUGCACCGCCGCACGCGCAUGCACCAGCGCCAGGUGUGCAAGGAGGAGGAGGAGGCCAUCAAGGUGGACCUGCACGAGGGGUGCGGGCGCACCAAGCUGUUCUGGGUGCUGGCGCUGGCGGACGCGCGCACGCUAAAGGCCCUGGUGGAGUUCCGCGAGGGCGCGCGCGCGCGGCCCGUGGGCGUGGCGGCCGGCGUGUGCCGCUUCUGCGGCGCGCAGGGCUCCUCCGGCCUGCUCGCCAUCGGCAACGUGUGCGCCGACCACGAGUGCCAGGAGCACGCGCGCCACGCCUGCUCAAAGGUUCAUUCUUGUGGUCACAUGUGUGGAGGAAUUAAGGGGGAAAGUACCUGCCUUCCUUGCCUCCAUGGCUGCGCUCGCACCGCUGCCCUCAAGCAAGAUGCAGAUGACAUGUGCAUGAUUUGCUUUACGGAGGCCCUUUCUUGUGCACCUGCAAUCCAGCUCAAAUGUGGUCAUGUAUUUCAUCUGCACUGUUGUCGCAAUGCUCUGCUCAAGAGGUGGGCAGGCCCACGCAUUACUUUCUCUUUUUCACAGUGUCCAAUUUGCAAGGCGAGCAUGGAGCACUGCGCGCUGGCGGAGCUGCUGGCCCCGGUGCGGGAGCUGCUGGCCGACGUGCGGCGCAAGGCGCUCAUGCGCCUGGAGUACGAGGGCCUGCACCGCGCCGAUGCCAUCACCAGCCCCGGCGCGCGCUUCCACAACGACCCCGCCUCCUUCGCCAUGGACCGCUACGCCUACUACGUCUGCUACAAGUGCAACAAGGCCUACUACGGCGGCGAGGCGCGGUGCGACGCGGAGCUGGGCGAGCAAUACGACCCGGCGGAGCUGGUGUGCGGCGCGUGCAGCGACGUGUCGCGCGCGCAGAUGUGUCCCAAGCACGGCACCGACUUCCUCGAGUACAAGUGCCGCUACUGCUGCUCCGUGGCCGUCUUCUUCUGCUUCGGCACCACGCACUUCUGCAACGCCUGCCACGACGACUUCCAGCGCGUCACCAACAUCCCGCGCCUCGAGCUGCCCUCCUGCCCCGCCGGGCCGAAAGCCAAGCAGUUGGAUGGUGAUGAAUGUCCGCUGCAUGUCAAGCACCCACCGACUGGUGAAGAGUUUGCCUUGGGUUGUGGGGUGUGCCGCAAUGCCCACACUUUCUAACAUGCCAUACCAGUCAUCACUGAUUGCCCUGCUGUAUCCUCAUGCCUGCAUUUGCAUUUUCCCUUAACCUUUAACAUGAAUAAGAUGCAUUUUUGCAUCUGCAGAACAGUCCUGAUUAUUGUUUCAGAGAACCAUUCUUUUAAAUGUAUUUAAGACCUAUGCCCUUUGGUUGUUGAACCAGUCUGUGCAGUCAGAUCUACAUGGGGCAACUGGAGCCAUGACCUUCAAGUAUGUAUGGUCCAGUGCCUUGUUAAUUUGCUAGUCCUGAGUCUUACAUCUCCAUAUUGAGAUAUUGUAGUCCAGGGUCACAGAUUCUAGUUUUUGUAUCCCAAAGUCAUGUGUCUGAUGUAGGACCUUGUGUGUGAAGUUCCUGAGCUAUUGGGCCUUCUGUAUAUUGUGCAUGAGCUCAAUGAUUUAUGCACUGCAGCACUGUAAUGUAUCCUGGCACGCCGCGAAGCGCGCGCUUUGCGCUGUGAGCAAAUGUGAUGAAAUAAAGCUGUAUUAACUGAACAUGUCUUUCUCUGUAAGAUUAACAUGAAUUAAGCAAUUUGUAGUUUUUGUAAUAUAUGUUGUGGUUUACAUCCUUCUUUAUUUUGAUACUCUGAAUGUCAAAUCUGUAUCAAAAUGGCAGGCUCUUAGACAGUAAUGAAAGUUUUUCAAUAAC